CCGUGUACGUUCGGAAGUCUGUCUGUCUCCGACGAGAGAGUUGAGAUCAUAAAAUGAUCCGGUUAUCGGAGAGAGAUAAACUUUCAGGAGCGAGGGAGGGAGACGGACUCUAGUGGCGAUCUUAAUUUGAAAAAUAAGUUCGUCGUGCGUCAAGCACACUUGCUCGAAGCACCCUCGGCCAGAAGGGUGUUUCUUCUGGUCUUUCGAAAAUUUUCUAAUUCUUCGCGAACCGUCAACGAAAUUUCACCGUCCCAAUCGAUCGCGGUGAUUGAGAUAAUUUUUCAACAGUGGUACCGAGUUCGCCCGAAAACUUUUCUAAAAACAUUUCGAGUGUGAUUGAGUUUGAAAAGAAGUUGGAGAAAAAAUUCGGAAAAAAUUAAAAAUAAACAAAAUGGCGUGGAGCAGGAUCCCGGAAUGAUUUGGAAAACUGUGAGAUCUUCGCAUCGCGCGAAUCAUGGUGUCAAUGCGGACCCUGGAUAUUUUUAAAUUGUGGCCUUGGAUUAUAUAGACUCGUAAAAUUCUGAGAUCGGAUUGGAUUUCCUCGACACAGAUUUCGCCAUAGAUCAGGAGAAAAAAGAUCGUUUCGAUUUACCGCAAGCUCCGAUUCCGACCGGCCGUAAUGGACGAUUCAAAGAAGAUCGAGGCUUCGAACUCUCCGAAGGGUGGUUCUCACGGUCCUCAGCCGACACCUUUCAGUAUCGCGGACAUUUUGAGCCGCGAAGUUCAGCCUCCGUUUCAAGAUUCCGAAAAACGUUCCCUCCAGACUCCCGAAGACAUUGAAAAAAUUUCACAUCCUCUUCAGAGCAAGCUACUGGCAGAAUACAUGCGAAACGCCAACGGUAGUUCUCUGACGGAUGCCGAGGUUCAUCUCCAAGCUAACAGAUUUCCGAGAUUUCCAUCCCCGGAAUUAAACAUGGCCAGGGAACUCGACAUCUUACGACGUAAUCUCGCUCAGGCCAAUUUAACCGGUUUCGGUAACCUCCAGCAUCACAUCGGACAGGGAAGUUUCAAGCACUUGGAAACCCUUGGAACAAUCGCAGCUUAUCAACACGGCGCAAGCGAAGCCAGAGAUUCCGUACAACGGCAACAAGACGAGGCAUUAGAUAUGAGCAAGAGCAAACUUUUCGAUGACCUGGAGGACGACAUGUUCGAUUCUCAAUCACACGGGCAGACGCUUCAAGGUCGAAAGAAGAGGAGCAGGGCCGCAUUUUCUCACGCACAGGUCUACGAAUUGGAACGAAGAUUCGCCGCGCAAAAAUAUCUGUCCGGUCCCGAACGUGCGGAUCUGGCUCGUGGUCUGAAACUUACGGAAACUCAAGUGAAAAUUUGGUUUCAAAAUCGAAGGUACAAGACCAAAAGACGUCAGCAACAGGAGUUGGGUGCCCUCGUUAAUUCGGGAUCGGCUCGACGAGUCGCCGUUCGUGUUCUGGUUCAUCCCGACGAGCACCUUCGAGGGUUGCCGAUACCUGGAGCGGGUCCAAUUCCGGGACAACUUCCUGGUACCCCUCAAAUUCACAACGUGAAUAAAGCCCUCUCCGGAUUUCCAUAUUACUGCCUACCCUAUCAUCCUCUACUCUGUCCGCCGAUUCCUUCCGCUCAGUUACAAGCGCAGAAUACGAUACAGGAUAUCAAUCAGCGACAGAGAGAGAUGCAGCAUAUUUCAAAAAAUGAAGACGAAAAGUAAUGACGAUAUGAGAGGCGAAUGAUUUUACUAUGUUUCUAAACUUACACGUAUAUAUGUAUAUGUAAUAGCGAAAAAAUUCGAGUAACGCAGUUUGAACGAUGUCGACUGAUUUAUUUCUUCUUUUUAUUUUUUAGUUGAAUUGAUCGGAAGAUUAUUUUUUUAUUAUUUUCCGUCUUCCGAUGGAACCUGGAUAUCCUGUAAGGGAUCGAGUUGCGAGAAUUUUCGUACUUUGUGCGAAAUAUUCUACGUACAUUUCUAUUCUCUUUCGGGGGAGAAAAUAAUGCACGAGGCAAUUUCUAUACAAAAUCAGUAGCGAUAUAUAAUCAUAAUUAUCUUAGUGAAAUCUAAUUACUGGAUCCCCGUAACGGGGAUACAAGAAUUUGUUGAAUGGCUAUUAUUUAUUAUAGAAAUUCAAAGAACGAGAUUAAAGAAAACCAAAACAAAAUGUGUAUAUUAGAGUGUAAAUAAAUGUAUAGAUCGCAAAUAUAAAGAAUUAAGAUUA